GUUGGCCGUGGUCGCGACUGUCAAAUCGCGAUAGGGGAAGUUGUGCGCAUUUGUCAUAAAACAAAACACGUACGCGAGUCAUUUGACGGCAAUUUUGUUAAUUACGCGCAUUUUUGAUAGUGGUUGUGUUUUAAAAAAGUGACAGUGGUAUUUAAAAUAUGGAUAAUUUUGGAUAGAUAGAAAAUGAUGACAAAGAAAAAAAUCAACCGAAAAAUGGAAGUGGGCUGAUACUAAAAUGCGACUUAAAGCUGUCGUCCACAAAAAUGAGUAACAACACCACGGACUUGACAGCGAACUUCGAGUACCAACAGAAAGACCUGAACUGGCACUACGCGGUAUGCGAAAUAUUGGUGGCCCUGUUCGCCGUCACCGGCAACGCGCUCGUGAUCUUUGUGUUCCGCAAGGAGCGGCGACUGAGGCGGCGGACGAACUACUACAUCGUGUCAUUGGCGUGCGCGGACUUUUUGGUGGGCUCGCUGGGCAUCCCGUUCGCGAUUUUAUCCUCGAUAGGGCUGCCCCACAAUCUGCACGCCUGCUUGUUCACAGUGUCGUUGUUGGUGGUUUGCUGCACGAUUUCCAUUUUCUGCCUGGUUGCCGUUUCCGUGGACCGCUACUGGGCCAUUUUGUACCCCAUGGGCUAUUCACGGAAUGUUAGGACCAAGACUGCACUUGUGAUAAUUGGAAUUUGCUGGUUCGCCGGUACAUUCAUUGGGUUUCUUCCAUUGAUGGGAUGGCACAAGGACGCGCCUUUGGACGGGCAUUGUUUCUUUUUGGACGUCAUGGACUACAAUUAUUUGGUCUUCCUUUAUUUUGGUACCAUUAUAACCCCGGCCAUACUCUUGGCCGCUUUUUACGCUCAUAUAUACCAGGUGGUUCUUAAGCAGAUAAGACAAAUUGUCACGAUGAACCCGGACAAAAGCGGAUCGACCAGUGGCGGAACAAUGCUAAGAAUCUUGGGGGCAGCCCAAACCAACGAGGUGAAAGCCACGCAAAAUCUGGCCAUCAUAGUUUUAUUUUUCAUGAUCUGUUGGAUACCAUUGUACACAAUCAAUUGUGUUAUAGCGUUCUACCACGACUUCCACGUAAAUCCCACUUUCAUGUUUUUCUGCAUUAUUUUGUCCCACUUGAAUUCGGCCAUGAAUCCACUUUUGUAUGCGUAUCAUUUAAAGGACUUCAGGUUGGCGUUGAAGAAUUUUUUCCUGAACCUUUUUGACCAUCAACGGUAUUGUGAUCAAAGGAUGGCCCAGCUGUAUAACAACAAUUACAGUCAAUACUUCGCAUCGAGAAAAAGAUCUAGUAACUUAUCAUCAGACAUAAAUCGACUUAAUUUUAAUAGGAGAGUUUCCACAUCAGGAAACCCUGCAAAAUUAUCCAGCAUAGUCAAAAACCCGACUUCAGUAGCAGCGGCUACAGCAGGUCAAAACAGAGACAUCUGGAAUAUCACUGAACAUUCAGAAUCAUCAAAAUCAUCUGAAGAUUCAAUUAAACAAACCGAUAAGAUGAUUAUGAUAAGACCUGCAACUCCUUUCAGGAGUAAAAUUAUCAAUGAAAACAAUUCUGCUUUCAUCCAUUUAGAAUGUGAUGAUGUGUUUCUAGAUGAUACUCUUCCAUUCCACAACACAUCUCUUGAAAAUUUCGACAUAGACAUAGAUCUAUCAGAUAAAAUUAUUAGAAAAACACAAAUUCAAAGUAUCCCAAUGAGAAAGUUGUCCCUGUCUUCCCCUCAGUUAUCCAGAAACCUUUUCAUAGUAGAAAGUGAACGAAAAACCAUUGAAGACUUUAAAUACACCAGCAGAAUCAAAGUGAGCCCUUUCAAAGUAACGAACAUCUUCAAAAAAGGAAGAUUACAUCGGAGUUUAAGUGAUGAGGGUAACGCUUCUUCCGAAAAUUUACAUAGGAAAUGUAAAAAUGGUGUUGCAACUAGGGGCUCUUGCGGCAGCUAGAAACCAAAGUCAAGUUUGUUCUAUAUGUAAUAUUGUUAUAUAAAGUCUGAUAUUUUGUUAAGUAUACCUAUGAUAGCUCAAUUAUUUUUCAAUGAAUGUAAUGUACCCAAAGAUAUUUUUCAUAAUGUUAAUUUUUUAUUGUGAUGUUUAUAUAAUUCCUACUUAACAUAAUGCUUUUUCUGUGACAUAUCCAUUAUAAUAAAAUUAAAGAUGACGGGCAAAGAUUUAAUUCUUCACAUAUACUUUUUUUUUCGAUAAGCCAUAACCAAUAAACUAAUGUUAAUUUAUUAUAAUUACUUUGUAUAUUUUGUUAAAUUUUUGGGGAAAUAUGCGCUUAAAUCA